AUGAAACCUAUAUUAAAGCCACCUGCAAAUGCUUAGUCAUCCUAACAGCCACAGUAGGCUAAUGCUCUUGCUAACAAUCAAAAUGGCAUUAACAAUGACAGUGAAAUACAGUCGCCAUCCUAGGUGAGAACCAUUAACCCAAUUAGCAACAUGUUUAUGACUCAGAAGAAAUAAGCUUAAUCGAAGUUGAAGAUGUCUAAGGGCAAUGUGUGUAAGUCUCAUUUGAGCAGACUUAGAAGAGCUGGUGAUGUUAAUGCUAUAAAGGCAUUUUAAGAUGAAGUUAACUUCAGAUCCUUUGCAGCUACACAAUUAGAUCAUAAUAUGGGGGUGAAUUUGGGUAAGAAAAAAGAGUUAAAAGAUAAGCAGCCCAAGGACUUCAUUGCUGCAUUGUAAUAGCAAUAGAUAUCGCACUUAAAAGGACAGAUAAGUGUCACAGCUGUAGGAGGUGGAUAAGAUAAUCAGAGUACCAGUCAUACUAGAAAUGGGAGCACGGCAUCUGCUUAAGAAGGAAGCGAGGCAAUCUACAAAGUAUCCUAACAGGCUUAGAAUACUUUAGGGUAUAAUGGAGAUAUUUUAACAAGUGCUGCUGAAAACACCUUAGAGCUAGGCGAUGGCCGUAUCAAGUUUGAGAAGCAGUCAUUUCAAUGGUUGAUUGAGCAUCUGCUAGCCCCUAAUGAUAAAAUCUGCGGCUGUGAGCUCUGGAUGCCGGAUACUGCUAUUUUCGACUAAGGAAAGAUCAAGUUAAUUGUAAAGACUGAUAAGGAAGGGUUUUUAUUACAAAACAAACAGAAGAUGAAUCUAUAGGAGCUGAGGAGAACUUUCAGCAUUAUAGUGAGGGAGAGGAAGAAGGAGGCAGAUCCAUUUGCUGAAGGUCUAGGACUGCUUAGUAAUCUGCAGUAAAUGCAAAUGGGACUCUAAUCUAGUUCGAGCAAUUAAAAUCUGUUGACUAAUUAGUCUGAUGGAUAAAAUGAAAAUGGCGCUGGUUCACCUACUAGCAAGAUGUACUACAAAGAUGCAAUUCUAAUAAGAUUUAAAAGUGAGAAGAAGGAUGAGAGUUAUGUGAGAGUGCUGUCAGACACAGAAUUUAUCAACGAGUUCAAGAGGAGAGCUAAUGACUAAUUCUGGUUGUAAAUUGACUCUAUCUAGACAACUAUCAAGAGUAAGAUUGGACUCGGAAAGCCCUUCAACUUUACUUUUAAUGCUCCAUGCUACAAAAAGGACCCAGUCACUGGGAAUAUCGUCUAGUCCUAUGACGGUGAUAUUGACUUUGAUUUCAAGUAGUUUGGUAUAAACAAUGAUUCUAAUCUAAUGCAAAACUCUCCAACUGCAUACUGCCUGAAGGUUUGCCAUAAAAUGGGUUUUUACCUGCUGAAGAUCCAUGACAAGCAACUUCUCAGAAUGAAGGUAGAGUUCUAUCAGGAUGAAUACGGGAAGAUAUGGUUGUUUAAUGCCAGUGAGAUCUGGAUUAGGACUGUUUAAAAGGAGAAUUUCCUUAUGUCAGCUGCAGCAAGAUAGGGACUGAAUUUUGAUAUUGGAAGUUAAGGUGUAGGCUAAUACCUGACUCAAUCUACGAGGAACCAGAAAGAUGAGUAAAUAGAGAAUCAAAUCUUAGAGACGAUGAAUAACUCACCGAACAAGAGCAAAAAGCAAGCAAAAGAGGAGAAGGACAUUGCCAGAGCAGUUGAUAAAGAGCUCACUGAUUUGGUGUUCCUGCAUAAGUCUCAAAGAGGCAAGCAGAUCAACAUUGAGGAAUUGAGGAGAGAAGUCAGUGAUAUCAGAUAGAAGACACUUUAAUAUCAGCUAUAUCACAAGGAUCACGACUAGCUUAAGCCAUCCAACAAUAAUUAUGGACUAGGAAGUAACUCAUCACUUGCUAGUAGUAUGCCUCCACAUUAUUUACAUUCUUUGGCUAAAUAGUAAUCACUUCUGGCAUCCUAAGCUAUUAAUCCGAAAUAGCAAAGAGAAUAUCAAGUUAGAAAGAAAGUGGGUGAUGUUAUGGUUAAUUACUAUCAGAACUUGAAGAAAGAUGAGACUGAAUCACAUAGAGGCAUUUUCAUCAGCAGUGGACAGAUCUAAGAUAAAACUAACAAUGAUGGAGAUUCAACUUAAACUGAUAUUUCUACUUAAAACGCAUUAGCAGAGUUAAGACCGAAUUGUCCUUUGAAAAUGCAGGAAUUAAUCAACAGAGAGGUAAAAGAUACCUAGCAUGGCAUUGACAUCAAUGGCCGUUCAAUCAAGAACCGUGAGGGUACCUAAAAGAAAUCUAAGAAGAUAAUAAAUCUAAAGAACCUAGGGGGCGAUUUUUAGACAGCGGGAGGGGUAGCUUUUAGAAGUAAUUCAGGGCUUGGAAUCCUGAAUUUUAACAUGUCUUAGCAAGUUAAUGUGCGAAACAUCUUUGAGCGAAAACUAAUUCAAAAAGCACAGGCUGAUAACUAAAGUGCAUAGAUGAAUGAGUAAAGUUAAAUGAGUGCCAACAUGAAAUUCUUUACUCACAGAAGUGCCAGUGGAGCUGCUCAUUACAUGUCAGUCAAUAUCAAUCCAGCUCUAAACAUUGUAGCUGCCAAUUAAGGUGUCUAUGCCAAUUAAACUUAAUCAAUUCAUGAAACCAAUUCUCCCAAGUAUAUUAAGGGAGGUAGUUAAUACUUAUCAUCCUCUACUCCAUCAAUUCAAAACAACCAUGGAAUAUCAACUAAAGCCAUGACUAGUGUACAUUAAAGCAACCAACGUCUCAAUAAUAAUAUAUCUCCUAGUGUUAAGUUCAAUUCUAAGACUAAAAUGAGCAGCGGGAAUCACCAACUUUCAUACUGCCCACCUAUUAAACACUAUGAUAUGCCCUCGAACAAUCCAUUCUAUAAUGGAACAAUACUUAAAGAUGGCCACAUAUUUGAUAACGACGAGGUAUCCACUAAUAACACAGGCUUGAUACUCAAACGUAAUCUAGAUUUCUCAAUGAUGACUAAGCAGUAGCAAACUAAGAUUAAAAAGCUUUUGCAUUCAAGAGCCAACUACCUUCAGAUGGCAGCAAUGAAGAUUCAGUCGGAAAGCGAGAGACUUUACGAUGAUGACGGAAAUAUGCUAGACUUGAGUUACAAUGAGUUGAUGCGCCGAAGAGAAAGCCAGAAGAAAAAUAUGGAUGAUGUCAAAAAUAGGAAAGACCACUUCUUCAAAAAUUAGUAUGUCUACGAGGGGGAAUGA